CAGUGGUGGUCAUCCGUGGUCUCGGUGUAUGAGUUACGUAAGUAAUGCUAGGCGUGUGUCCGGCCGUUACCGACAAUCGGUACGUCUGGUGGCCAUCGGUGUGGCCGUGGGUUCGGCAGUACUGGCCGUUGACUCCAUUUACCGGCGUUUGAGUCUUAAACUCAAAGCCCGGCGUCAGUUGUCUUCGGCCGCAAAGAUUAUAGCGGCUGAAGAUGUGCCGCAAACUAAUGCCUCCAGAAGUGUUGACCAAAUGGACCGCUAAUUAGGGUUUCCUUCACACCAUUCACACCGCUAUCGUAUUCAUGCUUUCAUUGUCUCUUUGUUUGUAUCUAAUCUAUAGUGAC